AUGUCCAAAUUAUUCAUUGGAGGCCUAGCAUGGCACACCACCGAUGAGACUCUGCGCGAGGGCUUCUCUAAAUAUGGAACCAUCGAGGAGGCUAUCGUUGUGAAGGAUCGCGAUACCAACCGCAGCCGUGGCUUUGGAUUUGUUCGUUUCGCCAGCGAAGCUGAGGCAGACGCUGCGAUGAACGCAAUGAGCAACCAGGAAUUCGAUGGCCGCAUGAUUCGCGUCGACAAGGCCGCAGACCGCCAGCCUGGUCAACGCAGUGAAGGCUUCAGCCGUAGCAACUACAACCGUUUCGAAGGUGGCGGGCAAGGUGGCUACAACCGCGGAGGCUAUGGUGGCAACAACGGAGGCGGCUACGAACAGCGUCAGGGCGGAAAUGGUGGAGGUUGGGGUGGCUAUCAGCAAAACUGGAACCAGAACCAGGGCGGAUCUGGUGCUUAA